AUGGAUAUCCCCCUUCCUGACAUCGAUUCGGCACGCCACGGACCCGUUGAUGGGUUGGGCGUGCCUCUGUUACUUGCAUUAACCUUGUUGUGUGCCAUCUCCGCGCUCUACCGUUUGAGAAAAGGGGGGAUGCCGUUGCCCCCAGGCCCUUACCAGCUGCCGUUAAUCGGCAAUAUGCACCAGACGCCUAUGAAGAACCCAUGGACGCGAUACCGAGAAUGGCACAAAGUAUACGGCCCAAUAAUGAGCCUAAGGUACGGUCAGAAGACGAUCAUCUUACUAGGCACUCACAAAGCCGUCCGAGACCUCCUGAACAAACGAGGCGAGAUCUACAGUUCCCGACCCCAUAUGAUCUGUGCUGGGGACUGUUUGAGCAAAGGAUACAGCACGGCCUUGCUGCCGUACGGCGAUACUUGGAAGGUUCAUCGUAGCAUACAGACAGCCGUGCUGAACCCUCAAAUAUCCCAAAAGUACCGUCCAAUACAGGAAGUGGAAAGCAGACAGCUCCUCAACGAAAUCCUGGAUAAUAAUGGCUUCGUGCCGUCUUUCCACCGUUUUGCGCUCAGCGUGACGUUUACCUUGGCCUAUGGCAAGCGUUUGAGACACUCCGGCGAGCCCGAGAUUCAGGAAGCCGACGAACUCACCAGGAUGCUCGCAACCACCGUUCAGAGUUUCCUCGGGUCGAUGCUUGAAGCCUAUCCGUUUUUGAACCACCUUCCACGAUGCCUGGCGCCGUGGAAGAAGACGGGCGACGUCUAUUUCGAGAGGGUCAACUCCUUCUUUGCGCGAUCCAUGAUGGCCGGCGAAAAGGCCGAAUCGUGGAACUGGGCGAAAGAGGCGAUAAAGAGGAAUGCUGCGGGCGAACUGGACUCGAGACAGCUGUCUUACGCUAUCGGCUUCCUCAUCGAGGCCUCGACUGAUACGACAUCUACGGUGCUGGAAGUAUUCGUGAUGGCGAUGGUGCUCUUCCCUUCGGUUGCCGCUCGUGCCCAAAAGGAGCUGGACACCGUCGUCGGACCAAACCGACUGCCAACCUUUGAAGACAUGCCCAACCUACCUUAUAUCAACGCACUCGUCAAGGAAGCACUGCGGUGGAGGCCCGUGACGCCGCUCGGCUUUCCUCACGCACCGCUGGAGGACGACGAGUACAUGGGCUACCGCAUCCCAAAGGGCACAGCCGUGUUUGCAACGCACUGGGGCGUGGAUCUGGACUCUGAUGUCUUUGGAGACCCACACGAGUUCCGGCCGGAAAGAUGGCUGGAGAAGGCCAGUUUGCCGGCGGCGGCGUUUGGCUUUGGACGGAGGAUGUGUCCGGGACAGUACCUUGCUCGGAACUCCCUGCUGAUUGUAACCGCUCAGGUUCUCUGGUCCUUUGACAUCUCCCACGCCUACGAGAAUGGGAGGAAGGUGGAAAUCGACCCGUGGAAUAUGGUACACGAGCUUGUCUCCGGCCCUGCGGCCUUGAAGGCGUCCAUGAAAGUCCGCAGCCCGCAGCAUAGGCAGAUCAUAGAGCAGGAAUGGGCGGCCGCUGAAAAGGACGAAAGGGUCCAUCUUGCGCGGAUUCAACCUGAGUCUUGA